UACAUCCCUGUCUGUCUCUGACACUCUCUCGCUACCAGUGAAUUCCCUUUGACCAUGGAUCGUGGAGCUGCAUGUCAGGCUGCCUUCCCUGCUGCUGCUCCAUCCCUUCUUCCUGGUGCAGUAGCAGGCCUCCCUGAAGCAUGCAGCCCCCUUGCAAAAGUCUGCAAAGAGACAGCAGAUGAAGUGGCUGAAGCCUAUGUUUGCAUUUGAGCUUGUGGUAACACACAGGAAGCAAGCUUUUUUUUUUUUUUUUGCUGCUUAGUUGGAUAUAUGUUUUCAACUGCUAUUUCAACGUCCUUAGAGUGUGUAGAAAGAAGACUUCCUCUUUGCGUAUCGGAUCUGUUGCAGUCUUCAUGAUCUAUCAUUGACAAUUGGAGUUCAGAAGCCCAGGGAAGGUGAUAUUGAGAGACAGUGUUGGGUGGACAUCUGUUAAAAAGAUGCAUGUUUCAGGAUUAGGAGACAGCCACCUGCAGAUGGGAGAUAAAGCACAAAGAGUUUAAAAUGAGUAGAGCUACAGCAGUUAUGACUUAUGCAGCUUCUUACAAACUGUUUUGAAAUACACCACAACAUUUAUUUUGUUCAACCUAAUUGAUUUUUUUUUUUUUCAUAAGUUGUUUGGCUGAUAAAAAAAAAAAAUUACUCAAGCUUUCUCGUUUUUUUUUUCAUUUUUUUAACGGACAGCUCAACUUUAAGAGCAAGUUUAAACUUUGGAUUUCGGUGCUCUAAAGAAACUCAGAAUGGGCAACGCAGCUGGGAGUAUAGAAGCUUUCUCUCAGGGUAAGGAGGUCAAAACCCCACCAGCCGCGUCAGUGGCUUCUCCUCCACAGAAGCAGCCAGCACCCCCCAAACUGCCCAUGCCUGCUGUGGGCGAGCUGGAGGAGAGGUUCAACGUUGUCUUGAAUUCAAUGAAUUUGCCUCCAGACAAGAUGAAACUCCUCAGCCAGUAUGACAAUGAGAAGAAAUGGGAGCUGGUUUGUGAUCAGGAGCGCUUUCAGGUGAAGAACCCCCCUUCUGCCUACAUCUACAAACUGAAGAGUUACCUGGACCAGGGGGUGCUUGGCCGCAAGUUUAAGAGACUGGUGCAGGAAUCAACACAGGUUCUUCGAGAGCUGGAAAUCUCCCUUCGAACUAACCAUAUUGGGUGGGCUCAGGAGUUCCUCAAUGAAGAGAACAGAGGCCUCGAUGUGCUGGUGGACUACCUGUCCUUCGCUCAGUGCUCUGUCACAUUUGACAUUGAGAGUGUGGAUAACGGUGGCCCGAUUCCUGAAAAGGGAAAGCCCCUGGACAGAUCAGUUGAAGACCUGAGCAAGAGUGCCGGCAAUUCCCCCACCCACACCUCGUCCAAAUCUCCCCGGCAACUCACCAUCAGGAUUAACUCAAUGCACAGCAGGAAGGCCCUGCGCAACUCUCGAAUUGUCAGCCAAAAGGACGACGUCCAUGUUUGCAUCAUGUGCCUACGCGCCAUCAUGAACUACCAGUCAGGAUUCACCCUGGUGAUGACCCACCCCCGCUGCGUGAACGAGAUUACGCUGAGCCUCAACAACAAGAACGCCAGGACGAAAGCGCUGGUGCUGGAGCUCCUUGCGGCGGUGUGUCUGGUACGAGGUGGACAUGACAUUAUUCUGUCCGCCUUCGAUAAUUUCAAGGAGGUGUGCGGCGAGAAGAACCGAUUCGAGAAGCUGAUGGAGUACUUUCGUAAUGAGGACAGCAACAUUGACUUUAUGGUCGCCUGCAUGCAGUUCAUCAACAUCGUGGUCCAUUCUGUGGAAAACAUGAACUUCCGGGUGCAUCUGCAGUAUCAGUUCAGUCAGCACGGGCUGGAUGAGUACCUGGAGAAGCUGAAGCACACAGAGAGUGACAAGCUACUGGUGCAGAUCCAGGCGUACCUGGACAAUGUGUUUGAUGUUGGGGCACUGCUGGAGGACGCAGAGACCAAGAAUGCCCUGCUGGAGCACAUGGAGGAGCUGCAGGACUUCAAUACGCAGCUGUCAGACAAGUUGCAGGACAGUGAGAGACUGUCAGUGGAGAAGAUGGCAGAGAUGGAGAAGCAGCUGAUCCAGGCCACGAAGGAGGUGGAGGUGCUGAGGGAGAGUUUGCGGGAGUCGAUGGUGCAGGUGAGCGUGCUGAAGCAGCAGGUGGUGGACAGGAAGCAGGUGAAGCAGGACUCCUCAGAGCUGGAGCAGAAACUGGCAGAGUUGCAGGACCAGGGCCUCCUCCGCAUGAACAGGAACACGAAGGGAGAGCUGGCCAUCGAGGUCAUCCCCAUCACCGUCAUCCAGGCGCCCCCUGCAGCACACACAGGUCCACCACCCGUGACAGCAUCACAGGCUGUAUCAGAGGAAUCCAGCAGCCCACUGGCACUGACCCCAGCUCCUCCUCCUCCCCCUCCCCCACCACCACUGCCUGGAGACUGCCUGAGAGGUGUGUGGGAGGGGUCCAUCGAGGCACUUCUGACCCCUCCCCCUCCCCCACUACCCAGGUGGAGCCAAUGGGGGUCCCCUCCCCCUCCCCCUCCUCUUGGAUUUUUGAGUGGCAGCACAGAAUCACAAUCUGUUUCAGUGAAGUCUAAGAAGCCCAUCAAGACCAAGUCCCGCAUGCCGCUGUUGAACUGGGUGGCUCUGAAACCCAACCAAGUAACAGGGACCAUCUUCAAUGAGAUUGAUGAUGAGCACAUCUUAGGGGAGCUGAACAUGGAUGCAUUUGAGGAGGAGUUCAAGACCAAGGCUCAGGGCCCCUCUCUUAACAUCAGCACCAUCAAGGUCAAGGCUGUCCAGAAGGCACCCAGCAAAGUGACGCUCAUCGAAUCCAACCGGGCCAAGAACCUGGCCAUAACGCUUCGCAAGGCUGGGCUCAACGUGCCAGAAAUCUGCACUGCCAUCGAAACGUUCAACAUGCAGUGCCUCAGCCUGGAUUUCCUGGAGCUGCUGGCACGCUUCAUCCCCACGGAGUACGAGCAGAAGCUGAUCAGCAAGUACGAGCGAGACAAGAAGCCCCUGGACGAGCUCUCCGAGGAGGACCAGUUCAUGGUGCGGUUCAGCAAGAUCCCCCGGCUCUCUGAUCACAUCAGCAUUCUCACCUUCAUGGGCAACUUCAAAGACACGGUGCAGCUACUCAAACCUCACCUCAAUGCUAUUAUUGCUGCAUCCAUGUCCAUCAAAUCUUCUGCCAAACUGAAAAAAAUCCUUGAGAUUAUCCUGGCUUUUGGCAACUAUAUGAACAGCAGCAAGAGAGGGGCAGCAUAUGGCUUCCGGUUACAAAGUCUCGACCUGCUGCUGGAUACAAAGUCGACGGAUCGCAAGCAGACGUUGUUGCACUUCAUCGUGAACAUCAUCCAGGAGAAGUACCCAGAGCUGAGCAGCUUCUACACAGAGCUGCACUUUGUGGACAAGGCAGCAGCAGUGUCCCUGGACAGUGUAAUGCAGGACGUUCGCUCCCUGCAACGUGGGAUGGAGUUGACCCGGAAGGAGUUCAUGGUGCAGGACGACAAUGCCGUGCUGAAGGGAUUCUUGAAGAGCAACAGUGAGGUCCUGGACACAUUGCAGGCAGACUGCACAACUGGCCAGGAGGCAUAUGUGUCUUUGGUAGAAUAUUUUGGGGAGAACCCCAAGACAACUCCGCCCUCAGUUUUCUUCCCUGUGAUUGUACGAUUCAUUAAGGCUUACAAGCAAGCAGAGGUGGAUAUUGACCUGCGAAAGAAGCAGGAAGCUCUGUCCAGUGAAGCAGGGGAGGCUCCCCCCACCCCUGACAAGAAGGAAGUGCCUGCACAGAAGCCCCCCAAGGUGAAGCUCCAGCAGAUGGACCUGAUUGCAGAGCUGAAGAAGCGGCAGGUGAAGGAGCCCCUUGUGAGAGAGGGGAAGGACGGUGCCAUUGAGGACAUCAUCACUGAUUUGCGGAAUCAACCAUACAGGCGAGUUGAUGCAGGCCGACGCAGUGCAAAAAAGCGAUCGAACGGACAGCAGCUACAAGUCUCUUCGGAUAUCUCCUUAUAACUGCACUCCAGUGCAGACUGGGAAACAUGACCAUCCCACCUGACGCAGCUCAGAGAGAGAGAGAGAGAGAGAGAGAGAGAGAGAGAGAGAGAGAGAGAGAGAGAGAGAGAGAGAGAGAGAGAGAGAGAGAGAGAGAGCGAGCAAGCGAGCAAGCAAGCGAGAGUGAGAGAGAAUGUGUAUGAAUACAAUGGGCUGAAAAUACAUUGUUGAAACAAUUACUUCAACACACAUCUUUUACUUGUGUAAUAUCCAUUGAGUGCUCCAAGACUUAUUUUUUUUUUGCAGAGCUAUAUAUAAAAUAUAUAUUUCAAAGGUCAGUAGGGUGUUGCUUUGGACACCCCUGACCCACAUAAACACACACAAUGUCUACAUCAGGGGUGUCUGUCAGUCCUCAUCUUUGUUCCACCCUGUUCUGAAUUGUUUAAUUGAACCAAACCUCCACCCAGACCUGUUAAACCUGGAGUGGCAUGGCCCAGGACUGAGUGGACGCCCCUGCAUUAAACUUCUUAGGCAAACUUCAAAUCAGGCAACUCUAAAGGCUCCAUGUCAACGAUGAUCAUAAAGCAUGUAGGAGCAAAAAGCUUGAACAGGGGAGAUUGCAUUUCAGUGAAAUCACAGCAAUUUCAUAAGAAUUUUUUUUUUCUGCUCCUCAGAUACACACCUAAAUAUCAAUAUGGUUUUCUUCAAUUGCUGCAGAUCUUGAGACACAGAGAACGGGCCCUACAUGAAUAGAGAGGCUUGAGGACUUCAGCUCUCUUCAGACUGUUGUCUCUCUCACAACCAAUCUGUUGGUAGAAUUGUCUCUUAGUUAAGUAGGUUAAGGAUAUGAAGUGGUCCACCCAUGGCAGUUGAAUUUAUAAUUUGAACCUCUCAGGGUGUCUCAGAUUCAGGGAUCACAUGGAUCAGUUUUGCAGUCUUUUUGAAUCAUUUGAUGUUUCUCUAUUGUACAGUUUUCUUUUUUUGAAUAGCUUUUUUUUUUUUACUCCACGUUCUAUAUUGUGUAGUUUCAGUCCGUCUUAAUUGGCACAUUGACCCGUUCAUUUAGAGUUUGCUGGUGGCAAUGUUGCAUGUGCAGAUGUUUUUGUUUGUGGCAAUCAAUAUUGUACUUUUACUAAAUAUUGGGAUAUUACUGUUUUGUUUUUUUUAAUUAAAGUAUACCAAUGUUUAGAAAUCUUGUAUAGACAACACGUUGCAAAGUUGUCAAGUCAAUCUGUUUUGGAGUACCCCACAGACAAUUCUGUUUAUUGAAAACCAACAGUUAAUAACUAAGCCAACAUAACCACCUGCAAAUUGCUGAAUUAAUUAAAAAAAACAACUUCUAUUUCCUUUGAAAGGGAUCCUUUGAGAACAAUACACCUUUUGACUUAUACAGCCACCCACUGCUGCACAAUUAGCCUAUAGGCCUGCUGAUCCAGAAAAGAAAAAAAAAAUGAAAUAACAUCAACCAAGCUACAGUAAAAAGCAGAAAGAACUAGAUAACUAAAAGGCGAUUAACUGCUUGAGCCUUAUCUAGGACUAGUCACAUUUUAGAAUACUAUGCAAAGUAGGUUUGUUACCAUUAACCAUAGACUAUUGCACUAGCAUCCUGAAUAUUGAGCACUGAUGGGGAUGUUCACUGGAAGGAAGAGUUCUGCUUCCAAACCCUUGGUUAUCAUUCUAUGUCCUGCAAUUCACACGAAUACCGCAUUUGAAGA